AUAAGGUUCUGGAUGUCUGAUUUUUUUUUUGUUUUGUUUAUUAUAUUUAAAAUUUAUAAUGAAAAUUAAGUGAAAAUAAAUGAUUAAUUUUACUUUAACUCUUAAAGCUUAUUGUAUUUCGUCUGUAAGCUAUGGCAGCCAAUGUUAGGAAACAGUCCAAUGAUGAUAAUUUUGAUUUCUUAUUUAAAAUUGUUCUGAUUGGUGAUUGUGGUGCUGGAAAAACCUCUGUUGUCCAGAGAUUUAAAACUGGUAACUUUGUAGAAAGGCAUGGAAAUACAAUUGGAGUUGAUUUUUCAAUGAAAUCUGUUACAAUAGAUGAUAAGAAAGUCAAGCUUCAAAUUUGGGAUACUGCAGGACAGGAAAGGUUUCGGACUAUUACCCAAAGCUAUUAUAGAUCUGCCAAUGGUGUAAUCAUAGUUUAUGACAUCACAAAGAGAUCUUCAUUUCUAAAUCUUCAAAGGUGGAUUGAAGAAGUGAGGAGAUACACAGCUUCCAAUGUGUUAUUAAUUCUUAUUGGAAAUAAGUGUGACUUGCAAUCACUAAGGGAAGUAGAAGUUGCGGAAGUCAAUGCUGUUUGUGAUUACAUACCAGAAAUAUUAUUUUCUAUGGAAGUUUCAGCUAAAGAAAAUACAAAUGUUGAAGAAGCUUUUAUUCUUCUAGCAACUGAAUUGAAGAGACGUCGUGACAACCUUUUUGUUGAAGAAAAUCCUGAAACAGUCAAGUUAAGUGAUGGAAAAACAGUUAAAAACUGUAGCAGUUGUAACUUUUGAUUAAAAAGUCAUAAAAUUAAAUUAAAUUCGUAUUUGUGUGUGAACGCCGAAGUUAUUCAAUUAUUUGUAAUUGGGUCUUGGUUCCCGUUUGCUAAUGUAUAUUUAUUGUUGCUGGACCAAAAGAAAUUAGUGUUCUUAUCUUAUAUAGUGUUAAAUUAAGUUAAAUUUCUUUUAAUCCUAUAUUAAUUUUAUUCAGGGUAUUUCAGAAGAUAUAAAUCCACUAAUUUAAAACCAGGGUAAUUAUUUAUUAUAUUUUAAGUUCUUUAAAUUAAUAAUUACUUUAAAAAAUCCUCUGUCUCAUAAUCGUUUAUGGAUACUGCAUAAAUGUUUACCUAUUUUGUAACAUUAUCUUCAUUGUUUUCAGUUGAAGAAAUGAUUUUUAGAAUGUAUUUCUAUUUUACUUAAGAAUUUUGUUGUUAAACAUGAAUUUACAAAUACGCAGAUGACAGUUAAAUAAUGUGUUACUUACAUAUUAUUUGAAAUGAUCCUUAAGAGAUUAUAUUUAUUUUAGAUCCUUGAAAGUUAGUUCACUUCUAGACUCGGCUUAUUUUUAUUUAUUUAUUGUUUUAUUUAUGCUAAUUAUUUUCAUUCAGCUGUUAGAAUCAUGUCUAAACUGUUUAUAUUUAUUUCUAGAUGUUGAAAUCUAUUUAAGGUUCUGUUAUAUGUUAUGGAUUUUACUGGUAAUAUAAAUAAAGAGAUUGAAUUUAGAACACA